AUGAAUGUACCUUUACCGGUAUCUACUCAACAGACGGAACAAGAUUUUAGUUUCCAGAGGUUUGACACUAAGAAUGUCGAAAGAUCUGCGUAUUUGGGUUCUUACACACAGGCUAAUUUACUUGAUAAAUUAUCAGCUUUUUAUAGUCUCGAUGAAUUAUCAGAAUAUUUAUUAACUCAUCCUCAAUACGGGAAGGUUACCUUACAAUUUCCAGAUUCUUUAGUUAUGGAUUCUAGUUUUGUUAUUAAGAUCAUUGAAGAACAAUUAAAUAAAAAAGAUCCAGAGAAUAAGAGAAGAUUAUGGGUAUUAGCAGAUACAGCAUAUAGUUCCUGUUGUGUUGAUGAAGUUGCUGCAGAACACGUAAAUGCUGAUCUUGUAAUUCAUUUUGGUGAUGCCUGUCUUAAUGCUAUUCAAAAAUUACCUGUGGUUUAUUCAUUUGGUAAACCUUAUUUAAAUUUAGAAUCUUUAAUUACUAAAUUUAAAGAAAAUUUCCCAGAUAUUAACUCUAAAGUUUGUUUGAUUGCAAAUUCUCCUUUCACAUAUUACAUUAAACAGAUUUAUGAUGAGUUAAAGUCAAGUGGGUAUAAUAACUUAAUAUAUUCUACAGUGAAUAAAGAUUUAAUUAAUGAUAAUGUAACCAUCUUAUCUCAAGAUUUUGAAUCUGAUCAAACAAAUUUCAUUUAUACUUUGAGAAAUAGAAUGUUAUACAGUGAUAGUAAUACAUAUUCUGAGGAUAAAGAAAAAUCAAUCGAAGAUCAAUUGAAGGAAGAUGUUACAUUAUUUUAUAUAUCUGUACCACAAGAUCCUCAUUUGUUGUAUUUGACUACGAUGUUUAAUGAUGUUGCUAUUUAUGAUAAUACAGCUGACUCUAUCUCUAAUGGUCCUUUCCCAUCUCUAAUGAAACGUUAUAAAUACAUGCAUGUAGCAAGAACCGCCGGUUGUAUUGGUGUUCUGGUCAAUACAUUAUCCUUAAGAAACACUAAAGAGACAAUUAAUAAAUUGACUCAAUUGAUUAAACAAAAUGGUAAGAAACAUUAUUUAUUUGUCGUUGGUAAACCUAACGUUGCAAAAUUGGCUAAUUUUGAUCCGGUUGAUAUUUGGUGUAUCUUAGGUUGUGGUCAAAGUGGUAUUAUUGUCGAUCAAUUUAAUGAAUUUUAUAAACCAAUUAUUACUCCUUAUGAAUUGACUAUGGCUUUAAACCAGGAGGUUACAUGGACAGGUAAAUGGGUAACAGACUUUGAAGCCGCUUUAAAGGAUGUUGAAGAAGAACUUGCUAAUGGUGGUGACGAAGAUGGUACACUAAAGGAGGAAAGUGAUAUCCCAGAAUUCGAUGCCGUCACAGGGAGACUUCUAGAUACAUCUAGACCAUUGAGAAACUUAAAACACCUUGAAUUAGAGGGUCCAACUUCAGGUGAUAAGACAUUGGCAAAGAGAGUCUCUGGUGGUACUAUUAUUAAAGGUACAGUCUCUACCUCGGUGGCUCAUCUACAAUCUAGACAUUGGUCUGGUCUAGGCAGUGAUUUCCAGGGAGAUGAGGAGUAUGAAGAAGAAGGUGCCACCAUUGAAGAAGGUAUUACGGGUGUUGCUCGUGGUUACGGCUUCGAUCGUCACGAUGCACAAUCUAAGCAAUAA